AUGGGUUCUUCAGCUCCUGCUAACGGCCACCCCGUCGUGCUUGACAAGGAAAGCGCGACUGGUCAAUUCGUGCGAACGGCCGUUUGCCUCUCGGCGAUCACACUCAAGCCAUUGAAAAUCGAAAACAUACGGCAGCACCCAUCAGCCCAAUUGACAGGAACAAACAAGCCGGGAAUGACGGCAGACCUCGUGGCGAUUGUCAACUGGCUUGCCGAGCAAACCGGCGCGGAGAUCAUAGGCAAUGUCAUUGAGAGCAGAACCCUCGAGUUCCGGCCCAAGUACCGUCCAUCAACAAAGCAGAUAACGCGCAGGGAGAUCAAGAUCGACCCCGGCUCCAUGCUCGCCAGCUCCGUUCUGCACUUCCAGACCAUCCUCCCAUUCCUGCUCUACAUCGGGAGCCAAGACCCCGGCAACGGCAAGGCAAUAGAGCUCAGACUCAAGGGCACGACAUACUCGCCCGGCACCCCAAGCUUCGAGUACAUCGACCAGGUCUUCCUGCCAGCCCUCCGCGACUACUUCGGCGUCGAAAUCAUCUGCCAGCUUGUCAAGCGCGGAUGGGACAGGAUGACCCGCAAGUGCCUCCAGGAGGGAACGGUGCGCUUUAAGAUUCGCCCGCGCAAGGCCGGCACGACCCUUUCCCUUCGACCCAAUGCCAAGUUUUGCGACGAUGAGGAUGUGGCGGGCUCUGUCGACAGCGUGUUGACCAGCGUCGAUGUGACCAUUGUCACUCCUCCGGUGCUGCAUGAACCGCUGCAAACGCACCUCCAGGGGGACAUCGAGGCUCGAUUUGGAAACAUCGAUAUCGAGUUCAAGUUGGAGGAGAGCGGCCAUGACGACAGGGUCUACGUGCUACUCGUGGGCAAGUCUGAGCACUGUCGUUGGGGACGGGACUACCUGAUGGCCCAACCUCUGAAGGACUCGACGAUUCUUGCGCUGUGCAAGGAGAUUUCGAUUAACAGCGAACGUGCCGUCGACAUACACCUGGAGGACCAGCUGGUCAUCUACCAGUGCCUGGCCGAGGGCCGGACAUGCUUCGACUCCCUGACUGCCGGGGAAGCAGCCAACUCGGACUCGUCUACAACCCAACUCUCCAAGGCUGCCGCGGUUGCUCUCCUGCCGAGGGCAAAGUACGAUGGCAAGACCUGCAUCGGCGCAGAGAAGAAUUACACCUUGCGAGACGUCAAGAACUUGAAGGAACUGAAAUGA